AUGGGUUCGAACACUAGCAAAGAUGGAGCAAAGGCAGGCUCUCGGCGGCCUUCUGCCUCCAAUAUACAUAGUAGCAAUAGUAACAACAGCAGCAGCACUAAUAGUAGUAGUAACGGCCUUGCGCAAAGAUCACAGCAGCAGCCAAUACCCGCAGGAGCCCAGCCGAGUGCAUCAUCAUCAUCUAAUGCAGCCGACAUACACUCAAAUGGCUCUACCCUCCUGAGCACCUCUGCUGCUUCCAGCUUAAAAUCAAUGUCACCCACAGCAUCAGCUGGUCCGCUCCCAAUCCAAACAACCUCAUCGUCCUCAUUACAGCCCACUACUGCUGCAAACAUGGAGGCUUUGUCUCCAAACUCACAGUAUCUAUCUGGCAGGCUGCCGCCUCAGUCCGAAAAAGAACUCGACGACAUCAUAUCCCGUUUAAUCGACUCUCGCAACCAGAAACUAAAGCCAAACUUCCUCACCCUAAUAAAACAAAACGAAAUCCUAUUUAUAUGCCACAAAGCUAGAGAAAUCUUCCUCGACCAGCCUGUCCUCCUCGAACUCAACCCUCCCGUCAACAUUGUCGGUGACACGCACGGCCAGUACGAAGAUCUAUUGAGGAUAUUCGACAUGACGGGCUACCCUCCUGCUUCAAACUACCUCUUCCUAGGUGACUAUGUCGACAGAGGCAAACAAUCAUUGGAAACCAUAAUGCUAUUGUUAUGUUACAAGAUAAAAUACCCUGAAAACUUUUUCAUUCUUCGAGGCAAUCACGAGUGUGCUAGUGUAAAUAGAGUGUAUGGAUUCUACGAUGAAUGCAAAAGAAGAGCAACCAUGAAAAUAUGGAAGGUCUUUACUGAUGCAUUCAACUGUAUGCCAUUGGCUGCCGUAGUAGCUGGCAAGGUAACUUGGGACAUCUCGCAGAUAAUGCACAGUAUCGUAGCUAACACAUACAUAUUCAUGCAGAUAUUCUGUGUGCACGGGGGACUAUCCCCAAGUUUGAACACUAUGGAUGAUAUUCGAAAUGUGUCGAGACCGCUAGAUGUACCAGAUUUUGGAUUGGUGAACGAUUUAUUGUGGUCGGAUCCAUCAGAGAUUGCUGCUGAAUGGGAAGAUAAUGAGAGAGGUGUCAGCUAUUGUUUUGGCAAAGCUAUAGUGACGGAAUUCUUGGCAAAACAUGAUUUCGAUCUGGUUUGCAGAGCACACAUGGUAGUGGAAGAAGGCUACGAGUUUUUCAAUGACAGAACACUAGUCACGAUAUUCUCUGCACCUAAUUAUUGUGGAGAGUUUGACAACAAGGGUGGUGUCAUGGCUGUCAACGAUGAUUUGCUAUGCGCGUUCGAAAUCUUGCAACCGCUCAAUUUAUCAAAGGCCACUAUCAAAAGCAAACGACGAUCCUCACCCCCACUUGGCCCCAUCAAAACCGUCAAUUGA